UUUUCUUUUUCCAAACAGAAUUUAUCGAAUGGACUCCUCUCAAGAACUUGUUCUAUUCAGAAAAGAACUGUUAACAAGGCCCCUCCUUUUGCAGUGUACUAUUGAGAGUGGGCCAGGGGUUGGAUGCUUCAAACAUUUAUCAAAUUUUGAUUGUAGAUUUGUACAAAAUUCAGAGUGCUUUGUUGUUUUAUUGAACCAAAUCCAUCCUAAAAUUUCCAGCCGUCUUUCCAUGGGACUUGAUCUAGCAGUGAAAUAUAUGCGUGACUCACAGCCAUUUAUCCUGACAUUCACAUUUAACAAGGUUAUAGAAAAGCUCUAUGAAGCCAUACUUAGAUUUUAUGAUCUACAAAUAAGCUCUCGGGAAAAAGUCUCCUGCAACUAUGCUGAACUGACUGUCCGGUACCUGGGUCAUAGUUCACAUAUUAAACUCACAGAUGGCAUAAAGGUGAAAGAAUUGAAGUUUGCCUUUGAUGAUCUUGACAAAGAAGAUCUUUUAGUUGACACACUGGCUGCUGCUCAUGCCAGGCAGCGCCGGAGUUUACCAAUUGACCAAGGUAUUUCAAAUAAAUCUUAUGUCUCUGUUUCUUAAAAUUAUAUAUUUAAU